UGGCCACAUUCACAUUGCAAACGUAAACAGGCCUCUGGGACAGGUUGCAGCAUUGACAUUGGUCAAUGCAUUGCAAAAUUUUUCCCUAAUUAAUCAACUAACAAAUCUCAUCAAACAAAUCAUCAUCAAUGGUGUUGGGAAUAUGCAGCUAAAAAGACGUAUUUGUAAGACGUUUACACUCGAAACAUAUUUGGUGUUAUUUGGCGUUAUAUCGUUGCUUGUCUACCUCUAUCUUCUGCGUGCUGACAUUGAAAAUGGUGGUUGGAAUCUACGCUCUGAAGAGCCACUUACGGCAAAUCCAUUGUUAAAAUUUGAGGCUCGUGUACAAACAAAAUGUCAAAGUGAAAAAAUACAAAAAACGCCCAAUCCAUUGCUCAAUUUGUCGAUUGUUGAAGAACAUGCUGCAGCGGCGGCGUCAGUGGCUGAGGAAGAGGACCCCUUGAAUUCUUUGGGUAUAGUGCGCAACAAGCAGGAUAAAUACAUACGUGAUAUAGGGUACAAACAUCAUGCCUUCAAUGCCUUGGUGUCCAAUAAUAUUGGCCUAAUGCGUUCAAUACCCGAUACACGACACAAGGUGUGUCCACGUUCUCCCACCUUGCAAUCAGAGAGUUUACCCUCAGCUUCCAUUGUCAUGUGUUUCUUUAACGAGCAUAAGAUGACAUUAUUUCGCUCAAUUAAAAGUGUCAUAGAUCGUACACCAUCAUGGCUUUUAAAGGAAAUAAUACUGGUUGAUGAUUUUAGUGAUUUGCCAGAGCUGGAAUUUCAUCUGCUGGGAGAACUACAUUCGCUAUUGCAUUACGAUAAUCUACGAUAUGUAAGAAACACACAACGUGAGGGUUUAAUAAGGUCACGUGUUAUUGGUGCCCAUGAAGCCAAGGGAGAUGUUUUGAUAUUUCUGGACUCUCACAUUGAAGUCAAUCAGCAGUGGUCGGAACCCUUAUUGCGUUUGAUACGUGAUGAAAAUUCAACACUGGCUGUGCCAGUGAUAGACUUGAUAAAUCCCGAUACAUUCCAGUAUACUGCAAGUCCUUUGGUGCGGGGAGGAUUCAAUUGGGGCUUGCAUUACAAAUGGGAAAAUCUUCCAGAUGGUACAUUGAAGGAGCAAGAGGAUUUUAAAGGACCUUUUAAAUCCCCUACCAUGGCUGGGGGCUUGUUUGCCGUCAACCGCAAAUACUUUGACCAUAUUGGCAGCUAUGACAUGGGGAUGGAUAUCUGGGGUGGCGAAAAUCUUGAAAUCUCCUUUCGUGUCUGGCAAUGCGGUGGAGCUAUAAAAAUCAUUCCCUGCUCUCGUGUGGGUCAUAUAUUCAGAAAACGCAGACCUUACUCUUCGCCCGAUGGCAGCAAUACCAUGAUGAAAAAUUCCCUACGCUUAGCACACGUCUGGAUGGAUGAUUAUAAAAAAUAUUAUUUGCAACAUGAAAAAGUUUCGCCCAGCUAUAAUUACGGCGACAUCGCAGAUCGUUUGGCCUUAAGAGAGAAAUUGCAAUGCAAACCAUUUCAAUGGUAUUUAAAUAAUGUAUAUCCUGAAUUAAGGAUACCAGGCGAGGAGAGCAGCAAGAAAAAACAGAAACCACCUGUGUUUCAACCUUGGCAUUCUCGCAAGCGCAACUAUAUUUCUACAUAUACGCUUAGACUCUCAGGCACCACAUUAUGUGCUUCGGUGGUAGCACCUAAAGUUAAAGGCUUUUGGAAAAAAGGCAGCUCCUUAGUUUUACAACAAUGCGACAAAGGCAGAAACCAAUUAUGGUAUGAAACUGACAAAUCUGAAUUAGUCUUAGAUCGGCUGCUAUGUUUGGAAGCUUCCGGUGAUACUCAAGUGGUCAUUUCAAAGUGUCACGAAAUGAUGGGCAACCAGGAGUGGCGUCACACCAACAAAGAACGCUGUCCCAUUUACAAUGUGGCCACGGGCACCUGUCUACGGGCAGAACAACCCAUAGUGGGUGCCAAAUUGCACAUGGAUUUGUGUGCAAAGCAUGAAUCAAGUGCUUGGGACAUUGUUGAAGCAAAAAACACAUAGCCAAUUAAGGAUAAUAAGCGAAAGUUGCUGAACUGAGUUCAAUGCAAUAGCAGUUUCGUCUAUCUUUGUACAUACACAAAAGCAUGCGUCGUGUUCCACUCAAUAUUUUUGAUAUUAUUUUUUACAAACUGCUUUUUGUUAUUAUACUUUACGUCCAUUUUUUAAAAAUAUAUAUGUAUUUUUAUACUUUUAUACACUCUUUAGAAUCUUAAAUAGGGGUUUUCCAUAGUUUAAGACGAACGAACAAAUAAAAUUUUUUUUUUUAAUUUUUGUCAAA